AUGACUCGAGAUGAGAGGACCCGGGCUCCAUCUGGAGGCUGCCCCCCAAGAUCAGCCAGAAGAGAUGCCCCGGUGGUGCCACCCAUGUAUUACGUGAAAACACAGCAUCGGCGUGCCUUAUCAGUGCCCUUUCCCGAGCAUGCCAAGUUGCAUGGCCUGAAAUAUGUGUGUUCCCCAAGGCUGACAUUUAAGAGGCGUGUGUUUUGGUUUCUCGCCUUCUUCACCUCUUUGGGCUUUUUUCUGUCUUGGUCCUCAAACAGGCUACUCUACUGGCUGUCCUUUCCCUCUCACACUCGUGUACAACUUGAGUGGAGCAAGGAGAUGACUUUUCCAGCUGUUACUCUGUGCAACAAUAACCCUGUUCGAUUUCACCGUCUCAGCAAGAGUGACCUCUAUUUUGCUGGCUACUGGUUGGGGCUACUCUUGGCCAAUCGCACUGCACGUCCCUUACUGACAGAGCUUCUACCAGAGGACAAAAGAAAAUGGUUCCACAAACUGGCUGACUUUCGAUUAUUUCUGCCUCCGAGGGACUUUGAUGGCAUCAGUGUGGGAUUCAUGGACAAACUGGGUCACCAACUGGAAGAUAUGCUCAUCUCGUGCAAAUACAGGGGUGAGGCAUGUGGCCCACACAACUUCUCCACAGUGUUCACAAGAUAUGGGAAGUGUUACAUGUUUAAUUCAGGACACGAUGGACGUCCUCUGCUCACCACCUUGAAAGGUGGGAUGGGGAACGGCUUGGAAAUAAUGUUGGAUAUUCAACAGGAUGAAUACCUGCCCAUCUGGGGGGAACCGGAGGACACCAUGUUCGAGGCCGGAGUUAAAGUCCAGAUUCAUAGCCAGUCUGAGCCUCCCUUUAUCCAGGAGCUUGGGUUUGGCGUGGCUCCUGGAUUCCAGACUUUUGUGGCUACUCAGGAGCAGAGGCUUACGUACCUUCCCUCACCAUGGGGUCUAUGCCGUUUUUCUGAGCUGGGCUCUGAUUUCUUCCCGAUUUACAGUGUUUCAGCAUGUAGAAUAGAUUGUGAGACCAGAUACAUCGUGGAGAACUGUGGCUGCAAAAUGGUGCAUAUGCCAGGUGAUGCCCCAUUCUGCACUCCUGAGCAGUAUAAGGAAUGUGCCGAACCUGCACUCGGAUUGCUGACUGAGAAGGAUGGUGGGUUCUGUGUGUGUUUAAUGCCGUGUAACCUGACCAGAUACAACAAGGAGCUCUCAAUGGUGAAAAUUCCCAGCAAAACAUCAAUCAAAUAUUUGGAGAAAAAAUUCAACAAAUCGGAAAAAUAUAUAAUGGAGAAUAUUCUAGUCUUGGACAUAUAUUUUGAGGCACUGAAUUAUGAGACAAUAGAACAAAGAAAGGCUUAUGAGGUGGCUGGGCUCCUUGGUGAUAUCGGGGGUCAGAUGGGUCUGUUCAUAGGAGCAAGUAUUCUGACUAUAUUAGAGCUAUUUGACUACAUAUAUGAGCUUUUAAAAGAGAAGUUGUUGGACCUACUGGGAAGGCAAAACAAAGAAGGUCAUGCAGAGGACCUGGGUACCUGUGACACUAUGCCAAACCAUUCAGAAACUGUUAGCCACACUGUGACAGUCCCACUGCAGGCAACCUUGGGGACACUGGAGGAAAUUGCCUGCUGAUGCCUCAUUGACACAGCCAUUUUAUUUUGUGCCAAAUGGGAUGUGUGUGCAGAGCUGUGGGGACUGUGGGAUGCCAAGGCACCUUGUAUCACAGCCUGAGAAGAAUUUGAGGAAAACCAUAAACUGCCAACUGUACACAGCCCUGCAUGCCCGCAGUGUA